GAAUAAUAAGGCUACGCCUAUAGAAGAGUCACUCUCGCAGAUUUCAUGACGAAGAAGAAGAACAGGGACCUGGAGCUCUUGAGCUGGAGCUGGCGGGUAUUGUUUACAUUCAGAAUGAAAAUGGUGGCAAUAGCCAACUGUAACACUCUAACUGUAGCUGAUCACAUCUGAUUUUAUCAGUCAUCUGGCCAGCAUGAGCACGACGAGGCUGUGGAAAUCGUUUCCGUUACAUUAAUUUUGAUACUCAAACUCUUUUACUCUGUGACGAUGACUUUUACACUUACAAAACAUUAGACUCUUCGUUGGCACCACUGACUACAUUUCGCAACCCUGCAAUUUGCUGGGCCCUACUAUUACAUUUGACAACCUUGCAAAGAGCUGGCGGGUUCAGAAAAGUAUAGGGCAACGGGACCUAACCAAACCUGGACACAGCAGGCGAGAGUCACAACGGCCACUUACGCGAGUGACUCUUCUAUAGGCGUUAGCUUUAUUAUUCUAUGAAAUGACGAAGUUUGUGUUGAAAAAAGAAGAACUACAUCGUCCUCAAAGAAUUACUCUUUUUCUAGCUACGUGUUGUUGUUUUCAAGAUUUUUUUGAACAUCUACUCAUUUCAUUUUGAUCAGUUUCGAUCUUUCAACCCUUUCUAUAACUUAAGAGUUAUCAUCACUUGAAAGCUCUUGGAAGGUUACUUAAACUCUAAAUCAUGUGGAAAUUAAUUCUUCAAUAACUUUAACCCCAGUUUCAUGGUGCCAAUUUUAAAAUCAUUAAGUGCAUUAGAAUCACAAAUGCUUCUUCAAGAUGAGCGUUAACCAUCAAGCAAGCGCUGCGGAUGAUCUGAAUGACUCUCCUGUCGUUGAAAAUGGGGGUGAGAAUGCUCUGAGCAGCAACAUAAACGGCUCUGUUUCCCAUAUUGCCACCAACUGCAAUCAUUUGCAUGAUCUUGAGGAGCAGAACGAACAUGAUCAAAAUAACACUGAGGACAAAACUGAAGAUUCCAACGAUCCUGAAAAAUUUGAUGAAGGUGAUCAUGUGCCAGAACCAGGGCCAUCACAGUAUAACGAAGAAUUUUCAUAUUCACAUACAUCAUGCUAUUACUGCAAUGGAUACUACGAACCCUCAUUUGAUGAACCGGUUUGUGGGACCUGUCACUUAUUCCUGUUUUCCGAUGAGGUGAGCCGUCCGCACACAACACUACCAAUUAACAGUGAAAAAACUGAUGAUGGGGACUCUGGUAACGAUGAGCCAACUGACGGGUAUUAUGAGAGGAGAUCGUCCAAUCAGUCUGGUUAUCCAGUACCGGAACAGCCUCCAAAUUUAGUCGAACGCCUGAAUCAACUUAGCACUCCCCGUCCGUCGGACAAUCUUUCCUCUCACCUCGUAGAAUGUUUACCAUCUGAAGUUUUGUUAGCUGUUUUCUCCUUUCUGGAUGACAUGUCUUUGUGGUCAGUUGGAUUUGUAUGCAAAAGGUGGCAUAAUUUGCUCCGAUCUCACGUGCCUCUAGAAUCUUGGAAAACUUAUGUCAAACGUCGGUUUCCCCUCUAUAAACCAAUUUGUAACAUCUAUGACUGGUUCCAAGUGUAUUCACAGUUUAUGCAAAGUUGUCCGUGCAAGACGUGUCUUCAACUUUCACUACAACCACAAAUGCGGGAUGAGGAAAAUACAUGGAGGAGUAACAGGUUACGGAAUGAACUUAAAACUUUGACUUCAGAACCGCCAGAAGGAAUAGAGGCCAUGCCAUUGGAUUCAAAUUACUGUCAUUGGCAAGCAACUAUCACUGGACCUGUUGGCAGUCCUUAUGAAGGAGGAAUAUUUUAUCUUUAUGUUCUAGUGCCAUAUGGUUAUCCAAUGAGUCCACCAAUCGUCAGAUUUCUAACGAAGAUAUUUCAUCCAAAUAUUUCAAGGCAUGGUGAUGUCGGUUUAGAUUCCAUCACUCACAAUUGGAGUUUAGCGUUGACCCUUAGCAAAGUUCUAAUAUCUGUCCAAUCCUUGUUGACUGAUCCAUUUUGUCAGGUUUGUAUGGAAUCUGACAUAGGUAAGUUGUACCUAAAUAAUCGAGAAGUAUUUGAGGACAUAGCCAGGACUUGGACCUGGAAAUAUGCGAUGCAUGAUAUCCUUCCUCCAUUGUGAUCAUCAAGGACAACUUAGCGUGCCAUUGUUGUUUACCACAUGCUUAUCUUAUAGCAAUAAAGAGUUGUUAUCUUUGGCUAAUUUACAAAGACAAUUAUCUGUAUAGAGGAACUUAUGGCACACAUGUUCUUUCUAAAAUAAGCCAAUAAUAGUAUGUUGUUACUAAUUGCAAAAUGUAGUCCAACUUCAAUUGCUGUAUUUGUCCCUUGGAUGCAUUCAUACAAAAUAUUUAUCGAUGGCUAAGGAACAUUACCACCUAUCUGCAAAUUUGAAACUUGCCCUUGAAAGAUUGUGCAAGACGAAGAAAAAACUUCAUCAUUCUUGUAAUUUUAAGGUUAGAUUUGCAAUUUUUACUUUCUCGCUACCCUAGGGUAGAGAAAGUAUUUUUUAACAUUAUAGCGCCCAUAUUCGGAAUUGAAAAAACCAAAGACACUAAUUUGCAUAUUUUAUACCCCAGAAAGCGGCACCGUCGCUAAGUCAUUUUCGCCAUUAUUGUCAGUCAGGCGGUAUAGUUCCUUAGCCUUCAAUGUGUCUAUCAAUAUUUGGAACUUUAAGAUUGAACCUAUCUAUUUAAAGUGUGGAUUCAAUUUUAGGGUUGGAGGUAAGAGUAUGAAUCAGGCAAAAUUGAAUGUUCAAGUGCUCUACUGAUCUGAGGAAAUACCCCAUUUGAACAUUUGAAUGUUGCGCAACUCUUUCUAUAAACGAUUUAUUUUUGACUGUAGCAGUAGAUAUUUUUCCGAGAAAUAUUGAAAAGCACUAGAUCAAAUUGGAAAUAAAAUUAUUUAAAAAAUUCGAAUGAAGAAACUUAGAAAUGGCUACGCACAGAAUGCCAAAAAAUUUGGCGAUGACGAAAUCUCGAUAUUAUUUGUUAUAGUGUUCCUUAUGACCGCCUGAGGACAAUGAGCUCUUAGAAUCAAACUUUUUGCGUGUCAAUCUCCAGAGAAGCAGGGAUGGAAAAUGAAUUUUUAAGCCUUUUAAAACUCAUUAUCCAGUAGAAAUGUAAUAUCUAAUUAGUGAUUGUGGAGAGCUUUUGUUUCCUUACUUCCUCCAAAUGAUAAAAGCUUGUGGCAAAGCAUCCAAACGCACAUGACAAAAGUCCCACAUCUCCACUAGAGAACUCAAGUUAGUAGGAUGAAAAAUGCUCUUUUCGACGCUGACUUUCUGGACAUUGACACACGGAAAGUUCAAUUUCUAAAACUCAUCAUGAGAUAAAAUUAAAAAUGAAAUAAAGUAUAAAUGGCCCGUCAUUCCUAAAUACAUUAAAGCAAGUCGUAACAAAGUAGAAUUACUGGAAAGUAAUUUCAGGCUAAGUUUAGCAAUUUAAGUUGGUAAACGUUCACUUUUGAGGUCAUGUCAAUCAUUGGAAUUUAUUAAAUUGAUAAAGAUUUAGUUUAAAAAAUAACAUUAACUUGUCAAGUAAAAAUUAGUAUAUAUUUAUUUAGUUUUUAAGAAAAAUAACAUCAUUAAAGUGUAUCAAUUACACUGGUAGAAUGACUCUGAAAAUAUCUGUAUCUUAAAAGGAACUUACCAGGAGGUUGUAAGGAACAUAAUUUUAAGUAACAUUAAAAUUUAGUGGGCGCCUCUCCAGGUAUUCUGUGCAUAGUCCUUUCUCGGAAAGUCUUUUUUUAAUUAUUUUGGAGUUCUUUUAUAAAUCUUUUAUCUCAUAAGGAUGCAUUCAUUCAUUUUGUUUGCAGUGAUAGUUUUAUAGAAGGAUUCGUAUGCUUGAAUCCCACUACAAAACCUUGCGAAUGAUUUCUUCCGUGUCACGAAAAAGAGCCGUAAGUGUAUUCUGGGGUACGUCUUGAAACCUGUAAGAACAUGAGCCAACUUUAGCUCAUACAGAAUGCACUUACGGAUCGCUUCUGUAAGACAGCAGAUUUGUUAAUUAUCUGUCAUCCUCUUUUUGACAAGGUCUGUUCAAGUGCACAAAAUAUAGUUUGUUACUGUAAGAGAAAAUAUUUUUUGCAUUUAACUGAAAGUUUUUUGUUGAAUUAUUGUUAUUGACGGACAGUUCGUAGCACUAGAUUUUUGUUUUUUAUUCUUAUUUUGAAAUCGCUUUUUUCCUUCUUUUUUUCAUAAUAAAACAUACACAGCUCUCUGACUGUUUGUAUAAAUCAAAA